UUUGUCAUUCGAAAAAUACAACACUACAAGCAUUGAACAACUUGCAAUUUUUCAGUAAAUUUGCGAGUUUAAUUUAGGAAAUAGUUAACAAUAAAACAAAAGAAAUAACUAUGUAUAACGGUAAUCAAAUAUUUCAACAACAAUUCUGGACCAAUGGACCAGCACCCGGCCAAUUCUAUAAUUUCACAGGAGGCUAUAAUGGCCUUAUGAAUAAGGCCCAAAGUAAAGAGUUUACAACACCCGGUCUCUUUGGAACACAGCACAGUUCUUCUCCCAUUACCACCGGUACCUCUGUGGUGGGCAUUAAGUUCGAUGGUGGUGUUAUGAUUGCUGCCGAUAAUUUGGUUUCCUAUGGCUCUUUGGCCCGCUACCAAGAUGUUCAACGUGUGUUUAAAAUUAACGAGAAAACCAUUAUGGGUGCUGGUGGUGAUUAUGCUGAUUUCCAGUCGCUUAAACGUAGUAUUGAUCAAAAAAUGGUAGAAGAUAUGUGUCAUGAAGAUGAGAUCGAUAUGAAACCCAAAUCUUUGUACAACUGGUUGACUCGUGUAUUUUACAAUCGUCGCAGUCGUUUCAAUCCCUUGUGGUUGGAAAUGGUAGUGGGUGGUGUAGACCAUGAAGGUGUACCCUUUUUGGGUCAUGUCGAUUUACGUGGUCGUGCGUAUGAAGAUGAUGUGGUGGCCACCGGUUUUGGUAAGCAUUUAGCUUUACCCUUGGUGCGUGAACAACUUGUCGAGGGACAAAAGUUAACACAACAACAGGCUUCAGAAGUGUUGCGUAAAUGUAUGGAAGUUUUGUACUAUCGUGAUUGCCGCUCCAUGCCCAAAUACACGGUGGCUGUUUGCACCAAAGAAGGCAGUGUUGUCCAGGGUCCUUUCAAUGUUAAUGAAAAUUGGCAAUUGGCUACUAUGGUUAAGGGUUAUUAAUUUUCUUUUUUUUUUUGAUAAAAUUGUAUUUGUAUUUUGGAAAAUUUAAGAUUUUUUGUAAAAAACACUUAAACAGAGAGUGAUUUUUUUUAAAUAUAAUUUAAAUAAUUUACAAA